GAGCCUGAAUAUUAACCAAACAAGCCUCCACACCCUGCAGUCUAGGGAAGUUCCUCUGCAUUCUUGCCAUACAUGCACACACACACACACACACACACACACGCACACAUAUACACAAAAACGUAUGCACAUAAAGAGGAAAGCUGUGAGGACUCUGCGGGCUGAGAGGGGGUGCGGUGCGGUGUGGUCGGGGUGGGCCUGCCGGAGGCCUGCUGAACGACCGGAGACCAGACGCUCAUCAUCCAGGCCCCGCCAGUGCCAUCAUGAGUAAGGCAGGAUGCGACGAAGAUGGAGGAAGUAUCUCCGAGGAGAACCCUGAGAAGUCGCCUCGUGACAAACCCCCGGGUGCUCCGACAACAGGGCCGGGAUGGACGAAGGUUAGCUGCCCCUGUUGUGUGUCAGAGCGGGUCGAGCCACUGGUUCUGGUGAAACUUGGCGAGAAGGUCCGUCCUGAGACAAAAAGGUGGCUCCUCAAGUUGAUUGGCACUCCUCAGAAAGAUGGAGGUGCAUCAUUACUGGCCCAUCCGGGUGAAGAUGCCACUGGUGAUAUCAUCAUGGUCUCUGCCCCGCGGUGCACAUUGCUACAAGCCACCGAGGAGUUGGGUCUGUGCAAGACGUACAACACCGGGGAAAUGGAGACGUUCUCAUACGACGACAGAGACAACUUUAGACACUCAGACAACAUGGAGAUCUUCCUGACGCUGGCUGAGAGACAGUACAUAGUAAAGUAUGAGCUGGAGGGUCUGCGUGCGCAGAGGGAUGUGAGGAUACCUGGACUGGCUGACAAGUACACCCUUCAGCACCGAGACAACAUUUGGCAGAAGAUGAGCUCCGCUGGUGUGGUCGUGGACACGUUCCCUCUUCAUAACCGGGUAAAACUGAAAGAGCUCAGUAAAUCCUGGUACUCUGGGAACCAGCUGUCACAACCACUGGAUUCAGUCAAUGCAUAUUUUGGAAGCGCAGUGGGCUUCUACUUCAGCUUCCUUGAUUUCUACACCUGGUCUCUGCUGCCACCUGCUAUGCUGGGUCUUUCCAUCACAUACUUCUCCAGUGAGGUGCAGAAGGAAGCGGUGGAGGCAGUGGCUGGCUCGCAAGCCGAGAUCUACAACGAGGAGUCUGGACUGGCCGUCAGCGGUCACAUGAUCCAGGCUGUGUUCAGCAUGCUCUGGUCCACUGUCUUCAUGGAGCUGUGGAAGCGUCGCAGCUCGUCCAUGUCUUACCGCUGGGGGACCCUUCACCUCGCCGAGCGCUUCGCAGAGCCUCGGCCCGGUUUCCACGGUGAUCUUGGGUUGAACCCUGUCACGGGCCGUGUGGAGCCCCUGUUUCCUGAAUGGCAGAGGGAUCUGCGGACGGCGCUGGUCUCCAUCCCGGUGGUCGGACUGUUUCUGGGCAUGGUGGUCCUCGGUAUGCUGUGUUUCUACUGGGGGGAAAACCAGGUGAUGUGGCUCCAUGAAGAAUGGGACUCAAUGGUGUCUCAGACGUUACUCUACGCACCCUCUGUGCUUCACAUUGUCUACACGAAUGUGCUGGCUACUGUUUACAAAACCGUGGCCCAGUCUCUGACUGAAUUUGAGAACCACAGAGAAGAGUCUGCCUUCCAGAACCACCUAACAGCCAAAGUCUUGGUGUUCACAUUCUUCAACUACUUUGCAGUCCUCUUUCACAUUGCAUUCGUCAAGCAGGAUGUGCCUUUGCUUCGUAAGCGCCUGGCGUCUUUGCUGGUCGUUACCCAGUUGGUGAACCAGGUGACAGAGGUGGUGGUGCCCUUCCUGGUGGACCGCUUCGUUAGCGCUCCCCACAGGAAGGAGAGUGAAGAUGACCCAGAGGAGGACAAAUUUAGAAAUCAAAUCACACUGCCUGUGUUCCCGGGCCUGUUUGCAGAGUACAUUGAGCUCCUGGUGCAGUUCGGCUAUCUGAGUCUUUUCUCGUGCGUCUACCCUCUGACGGCCGUGCUGCUGCUCAUCAACAACGUCACAGAGAUCCGCUCCGACGCCUACAAGAUCUGCAAACUCUUCCGCAAGUCCUUCUCCGCCCCCGUGGCCAACAUGGGUGUAUGGCAGAUUGCUUUUGAGAUCCUGAGUUUCGUCGCGGUCAUGUCAAACUGCUGGCUGCUGACGCUGUCGCCGCAAUUGCAAAGGUUGCAUCACGAGGGCCACGUGAGCAGCACCAACAUUGUGCUGAUGGCCAUUAUGGCCGAGCAUGUUCUCAUCAUAGUCAAGGUGAUUGUGGCAGCCCUCAUUCCGGAUGAACCAGACUGGAUCAGAAAAAAGAAAGCCCACAUGCAGUACACAUCCAUGCAGGCUUUACGACAGCAGAACCUGCCUUCUGAGGAACCCUGAAUCUGUUUCAAUGUGUGAGCAACGGAUCAACAACACAGAAAAAAAAGAACAAAUUUGAGCUUUAAUAGCAUGUUUCUGUACCCGUAUACACUUCAUAGGUACUUUUAAAGGUGCCAUUUUAUACUUUGGAGACAAGUCACAUGCUGUUUAUUUUAUUGAGAUUGGGGGGGAAAAAAAUGAAUUUUAUUUCAAAUUCAUACUAGGGAUAUAUAUAUUAUAUCAGCCUUAGAUGAAGAAAAUCCUAUCCAAUGUGACUAAAAAGGAACCCAAAGUGCAAAGUAAAGGCUCAAAGGGCUAAUUAUAGCAGCGGAAUAAAUAAUAUGUAUAUGCACAGGAAGAGGACGAAUUUAAGAAAAAUGGAAAAAAUCAAAAGCAAAGUUGUUUCUAAUCAAAUUUUUAACUGUGCAAGGCAGGGUUUCCCCCCCAUAACAACAUUAAUAUUGAUUGUCUUCAAAGUCCCAACUGGCAGCUUUAAUUCCACCAAGCUUCUUGCUUUUAAGCCACACGGUGCAUCAACAAUGUACACCCUCUGAGUUGCACUUCCCUAUCACACACGCACUUAAAAGUGCAAUUCAGACUUUAGAAUGUUCAACGUGUGGUCCCUUUCUGGAACAAUAUGUGGAAACUGAAUGGAUACGCUGUUUGUUGUACAGGAAA